CGGCCGCGGCGGGCUGGCGGCGGUGCGGGCUUUGUCGGCGGGUCUGCGGGGCCUGCGCCCGCGAGGUCCCGUUAGCGGCUGCGGGGUCGGGCUCGCGCCGCCCUCUCCCCGCCCGCGCCGGGUGAGUGGCGCGUUCCGGUCGGGGGCGGGCAGCGCUCUAGCCGCAGCCCCGGCUGGCUCAGGGGCCGGGCGGGGUCCGCAGGCCGCGGCCCGCCCCGCAAGGGCGUCAGGAGCCGGGCCUUGGCCAGCCGGAUUCCCCGACGCAGCCAUGGCCGCCCCCGCGAGGCUGCAGCGUCUCUCCAGCGAGCACCCUCGGGCCCGAGCCUGGGGUGUUCUCCCUGCGCAGCGCCGUGUGGGUACCCCUGGUUCGAUCCCCGUCACCCCGCCCUGAGUCCAGGCCUUGGAGCCGCGGGCUUGAGUUUCCGAGUGGCAGUCUUCAGGCCCGCCAGGCCUGCGUGAGGAUUCUAAUGUAGGAACUGGUGAGAAGAAGGUGACUGAAGCCUGGAUUUCUGAGGAUGAAAACUCACAUAGGACAAUGUCAGACAAAGUCACAGCGAUGGAGCUCCCCUCCCCCGCGUCUGGGAAAGUCUGUGAGCCCAGAUUAGAGGAGCUGUUGGGAAAUCCAGAAGGUCAGAGCCUGGGGAGUUCGCCCUCUCAGGACAGGGGCUGCAAGCAGGUGACAGUGACCCAUUGGAAGAUCCAAACACGGGAGACAGCUCAAGUGUGCACUAAAUCAGGGAGACACCCUGUUCUGAACUCAGACCUUCUUAUGCUUCAAAGAGAGCUCAUAGAGGGGGAAGCCAAUCCUUGCGAUAUCUGUGGAAAAACCUUCACAUUUAAUUCGGACCUAGUUAGGCAUCGGAUUUUGCAUGCUGGGGAGAAACCUUACACGUGUGAUCAGUGUGGGAAAGGCUUUGGCCAGAGCUCACACCUCAUGGAGCAUCAGAGAAUUCACACUGGAGAGAGACUCUAUGUCUGUAAUGUGUGUGGGAAAGACUUCAUUCGCUAUGCAGGUCUCAUUGAGCAUCAGCAUGUUCAUUCGGGAGAAAAGCCCUUCAAAUGUGCGCAGUGUGGGAAGGCAUUUUGUCACAGUUCAGACCUGAUUAGGCACCAGAGAGUUCACACCAGAGAGAGACCUUUUGAAUGCAAAGAGUGUGGAAAAGGCUUCAGUCAAAGCUCCUUACUUAUUCGUCAUCAGAGGAUUCAUACAGGAGAAAGGCCCUAUGAGUGCAAUGAGUGUGGGAAAUCCUUCAUAAGGAGCUCAAGCCUCAUUCGCCAUUAUCAGAUCCACACAGAGGUGAAGCAGUAUGAAUGCAAAGAAUGUGGGAAGGCGUUCCGUCAUCGCUCAGACCUGAUUGAGCACCAGAGAAUUCACACCGGAGAGAGACCCUUUGAAUGCAAUGAGUGUGGGAAGGCUUUCAUUCGGAGUUCAAAGCUCAUUCAGCAUCAGCGGAUCCAUACUGGGGAAAGGCCUUACGUAUGCAAUCAGUGUGGGAAGCGUUUUAGCCAGACGUCAAACUUCACCCAGCAUCAGAGAAUUCACACUGGAGAGAAACUCUAUGAAUGUAAUGAGUGUGGGAAGGCUUUCUUUCUGAGUUCAUACCUUAUUCGACACCAGAAAAUCCACACUGGAGAGAGGGUGUAUGAAUGUAAAGAGUGUGGGAAGGCGUUUCUCCAGAAGGCCCAUCUCACUGAGCACCAGAAGAUCCACUCUGGGGACAGGCCCUUCGAAUGUAAAGCCUGUGGGAAAGCCUUCAUCCAGAGCUCCAAGCUGCUGCUGCACCAGAUUAUUCAUACUGGAGAAAAGCCCUAUGUGUGUAGUUAUUGUGGGAAAGGCUUCAUUCAGAGGUCAAACUUCCUUCAACACCAGAAAAUUCAUACUGAAGAGAAGCUCUAUGAGUGUAGUCAGUAUGGGAGAGAUUUUAACUCAGCCACAAACUUUAAAAAUAAUCAAAGUGUUCACCAAGAGGGACUUCCCUUGAGUAAGGCCCCCAUACAUUUGGGUGAGAGGUCUGCAGAUCACGGGGAACACACAGAUAACUUAUAAAUAAUAAUUCUUCUGCCCAAUGAGUGAUGUUUAGAAAUGCGUGGAAUUAGGAUUCAUGUGGCGUCUAAGAUUUGGACAUGUCAGAAGUUUGUGAGUCAUGGAUGGGUCUGUUUUUGGAGUGGGUGCCACCUGCCACUAUGUGGCACUACCAGACUUAGCCCUCCUCCUCAGCUGUGAGCACUGUCCUUGGGAGAGUCACAGGGCUUGACCCCUGACUCUGAGCUGGAAUAUUGGGGGCAGGGAGGAGACAGGUCUCAAAAAAAGGUUUUUAAAAAAAUGUUAUCCACAGUUACAGUCCAUCCUUGAGUUAAAUCCCUUUUAGAGCAGAACUGUGUGUGUAAUCUUAUUACUUAGGAGAAUGUUACCUAGCACAUUUUGAUCUAUUAAAUUAAGUUGAAGAAAGAUAACCCCCAAGCCAUUUCUCUGUUGUCCUUAGGAGGAACUGCAGGCCUCCCAUCCUGUACCCUAACGUGUGCCCUAAGGCCUCCUGUUUCCUCAAGCCUCGUCUCCCUCUGCCUAACUCCCUGCCACACGGUUGAUGCUGCGGCAACACCGACCGCUGCUUCUUCCCCAUGCUCCAUGCAGCUUCCUGCCUCUCUCACCUUGGUUCUUACUGAAGGGUCUCCUCAGCUAAUUAACUCCGAAUCAUGGUUCAGGACACGCCUCAGACAUCAUGUCAGGGACUGUUUCCCUCAGGCUUAGCUGGCAGUGCUCUCCAUGCUUCUGUGGCUCAGUAGUUACUGCUAUUACUGUAUAUACUUGCAUAUGCCAGAAUGACUUGAUAGACUUUCAUUAUACUGUCAGUUCCUGAGGACAGUGAUCAUGUCUGAUUGAUUUCUGUGUGUCCACUGUCUAGCACGAGGCAAUAAAAAAUGCACCCCCAAAUCUGUGUAAUUCCCAUCUCUUGCUUUAUUCUUUCUAUACUGCCAUUCUAAAAAUUGUCAGCUGUUGGCUGUUUUUUUGUUGUUUGUUCAUUUUGUAUCAGUAUAAUCUACGAUUGUUAGAAGUAUCUUCUCAGCCCUGCCACUGUCUGCUGCUCCUAUUUAACUCAGUAGCUGCAGGCAAUAGCCUGUGCACAUCCACGCCCACCUUUGUGCCGCCUUACAGCUCAUGCAGAGCUGUCCGUGUGAGCUGGAGGGCAUUGACACCUGACUCAGCUGGAACAGUGGGGACAGAAGGAGGCAGGUCUCAAGAGAAGUCUUCACUCACUUGUCUGUAUCAGUCUCACUUGAAGGGGACAGCCUCAAUGCACUAUGUCACUCUUCUGUUUUUGCAGUUCUAAGGUUGAAUUGAGAUGUCAUUUUCCAUGCUCUGUGGUUCAUUUUGUCAUUUACUUGAAAAUGUAGGCUGGGCGUGGUGGCUCACCCCUGUAAUCCAAGCACUCUGGAGGCUAAGGCGGGCGGAUCACCUGAGGUUGGGAGUUCAAGACCAGCCUGACCAACAUGGUGAAACCCUGUCUUUAAAAAAGUAAAAAAUGUAUUGAGAGAGAGAGAUAUAUAUAUAUGGAAUAGUCCUAAUGUUGGGAGAACAGAUGAGCAACACACCACCCCGAAGUCACCCACAGUGUAAUGGGGAAGACAGAGAUCACAGUACAGUGAGUCGAGUGUGUUCUCUCAGUUGUGAAGGGGUGCAGAUGAGGGGCUGACUGAUGUGGCACGGGGCUGGGAAGGCUUCACAGAAGAGGUGACAUUUCAGCUGAGCCAGAGAGAUCAGCUAAAGAAGCAAAUACGAUCCAGGAGAGGAGAGAAAAUAGGAUCCUGAAGAAACUUGGAGUCACAACAGCCCUUUUGCUAGGGCUGUGCAAAAGCAGGCAUACUAAAUACACAGUGAACCACCACCUGGCCAACUCAGUCUGAACAUGAACCCUGAAAGUCCACACCACCACCUGGCAAACUCUUAGUCUGAACAUGAACCCCGAAAGUCCACACCACCACCUGGCAAAACUCUCAGUCUGAACAUGAACCCCAAAAGUCCGGUUUUGUAAUGAUACAAUUUUUUUUUCUCAUGAGGCCAUAGUUUGAAUUCUUAACAAAUACUACGAACCCUAAAACCCUUGAGAGGACAAAUAAUCCAAAAAAGACAUCUAUGUUUUCUGGAAAAUCAGCAUUACUAGAGACGUUUCAAAUGCUGUAGGUUUUACCAUUUUAAUCAACUUUACUGAGAUUCAGUUUUUAUAUAAUAAAACACCUAUUUUAAAGUGUACAGGGUUUUGAUAAAUUCAUAUACCGGUUUAACCAUCACCACCAGAACCAAGAACAACAUUUCUGUCACCCAAAAGAGUUCCCUUUCACCCUCUCCUAGUUAAGCAGACUCCAGCUGCAGGUGACCACUUGGUAUCCAUGGAGAUUAGUUUUGCUUGGUUUAGAACGUCACACAAGUGGAUUUAUUUAGUAUGUGUUCUUUGGUGUCUGAUGUCUUUCACUUCGGUAUGCUUUUAGACUCAACCAGCUGCUUCGUGUUUUAGUAGUUCUCGCUGGAUACUGUUCCACUGUAUAGAUGAGCCAUCAUUUGUUUAUACUUAUGUGUCAUUGGGUUUCCAGUCUCAGCUCUUCAAACUCUGAACAUUUGUGUAAAAGUAUGUAUUUGCACAUGUGUUCUUACUUCUCUUGGGUAAGUACCUAGGACUUUAAUUGCUGAGUUAUAAGUGUGUUAGUCCACUCAGGCUGCCAUAACAAAAUACCAUCAAUAGCGGGGGAUAUAAACAGCAGAAAUUUAUGUCUUACAGUUCUGGAGGCUGGGAAGUCCAAGAUGAGGGUGUCAGCAUUUGGUGUCUAGUGAGGGCCUGCUUCCUUUGUAAGUAGAUGUCUUCUCACUGUAACUGCACAUGGUGGAAAUGGACUAGCAAACUUACCCCAAUUGUGAGGGCUCUCCCCUUGUGAUUCUGUUACCUCCCCAAGACCCCAUGUCAUUCCUAACCCCUUGCGGGUUAGGAAUUUGACAUGAAUUGUGCAAGGAUGUAAGUAUUCAGUCCAUUGAAAUAAGUGUUAACUUUCUAAGAAAUUGUCAUAUGGGCAUGGUGGCUCAUGCCUAUAAUCCCAGCACUUUGGGAGGCCACGGCAGGUGGAUCACCUGAGGUCAGGAGUUCAAAACCAGCCUGCCCAACAUGGCCGAAACCACAUCUCUACUAAAAAUACAAAAAUUAGCCAGGUGUGCUAGUGUGAGCCUAUCAUCUCAGCUACUUGGAAGGCUGAGGCAGGAGAAUUGCUCGAACCUGGGAACAGUGGUUGCAGUGAGCUGAGAUCGUGCCACUGCAUCCCGGCCUGGGUGACAGAGCAAGACUCCAUCUUAAAAAAAUAAUAAUAAUUGUUGAACAGCCCUCCAUAGUGGUUGAAUCAUUUUACAUUCCUACUAUAGUAUGGGAAGAUUUCAGUUGCUCCUUAUCUUUGCUAACACUUGGUAUUUCAGUCUCUUAAAAUUUAAUCCACUCUAGUCUUUACUUUGUAUUUGUGCACUGAGUAAUGUAUGCCUAUGAUUUCAUCUGCUUAUGGCUGUUCUGUGUCAUCUUUUGUGAUGUGUCUGUUCAUAUCUUUUGCCUAUUUUUAACUUGGGUUGCUUAUUGUUGGCUCAAGUUCUUUCCAUAUUCUAGAUGAAAAACAUGUAUUACAUAACAUAUAUAAUUCUUUGUCCCUAUUUGUGACAAAUAUAAAUAUUUUCCUUUCAUGUUUGGUUUGCCUGUUCAUUUUCUUAAUGGUGUCUUGAGUAUUUUUUAUUAAGUCUAAUUUAUCAAAGAUUUGGGUGCAGUGGCUCAUGCCUGUAAUCCCAGCACUUUGAGAGGCCAAGGUGGGCAGAUCACCUGAGGCCAGAAGUUCAAGGCCAGCCUGGCCAACACGGUUAAACCCCUUCUCUACUAAAAAUACAAAAAUUAUCUGGGUACAUUGUUGUGCCCCUGUAGUCCCAGCUACUUGAGAAGCUGAGGCAGGAGAACCACUUGAACCCAGGAGGCAGAGGUUGCUGUGAGAGAGAUAAAAUAAUAAUGAUGAUUCAUGAGAUUUUAUAAUUUGAGUUUAAGAAAUUUGCCUACUCAAAGUACAUGCUUUUUUUCCUAUGUUUUUUAUUUCGUGGAACUUUUAUAGUUUUACCUUUUACAUUUUGGUCUGUGAUCCAUUUUGAGUUCAUUUUUGUGUACCAUAUGCAAUAAGGACCAAGAUUUUUUUUCUGUGUGGAUAGUUGCUUGUUUCAGUUCUGUUUGUUGAAAGACUCCACUUUCCCAACUUAAGUGACAUAGACGUGGUCUGUUCUGGACACCAUCCUUAUCUUCUUGUGUGUAUAGCUUUACACCAAUAUAACACUAUUGAUUACUGUAGUUUUAUUUGAGGCAGAGUCUUAUUAUGUUGCCCAGGCUGGAGUGUAGUGGCACAAUCAUAGCUCAGUGUGACCUCAAACAUCUGGGCUUGAGUGAGCCUCUUGCCUUAGUCUCUCAAGUAGCUGGGACUGUAGCAAGCACCACCAGAUCUUGCUAAUUUUUACAUUUUUUGUAGAGAUAGGGUCUCACUAUGUGGAACAGUGUGGUGUUGAACUCCUGCCUCAGCCUCCCAAAGGGAUUACAGGUGUGAGCCACCACUCCUGGCCAUCUGUAGUUUUACAAUAAGUAUCAUACUCAGGUACUGGAAGAGCUUCAGUUUUGUUUUGUUUUUUUUCCUUUUUUUUUAAUCAACUUCAGGCUGGACACAUGGCUCAUGCCUAUGUAAUCCUAGCACUUUGGGGCUGAGGCAGGCGUAUCACUUCAGGUCAGGAGUUUGAAACCAGCCUGACCAACAUGGUGAAAUCCCAUCUCUACUAAAAAUACCAAAAAAUCAGCCGGACAUGUUGGUGGGCACCUGUAGAAUCCCAGCUACUCAGGAGGCUGAGGUAGGAGAAUCGCUUGAAGCCAGGAGGGGGAGGUUUCAGUGAGCGGAGACCACGCCGUUGCACUCCAGCUUGGGCAACUAAGAGCAAAACUCCAUCAUAACAAUAACAGAAAACAACUUUUAUUAAUUUCUACAAAAAGAAAGCCUUCUGGGAUUUAUAGAUCAAUUAAGGGAGAAACUACGUUUUAACAAUUCUGAGCUUUCCAAUUGUUGAACACAGUAUAGUGCCCCAUUUAUUUAGAUCUCUAAUUUCUCUCAGUUUACAGGUCUCACAUUUUGUUAAAUUCAUGUAUUUAAUAUUUCUGCAUGCUCUUGCAAGUGGUAAGGUUUUUAAAAAGCUAUUUUCUAGUUAUUGCUAGUAUGUAGAAAUGAAUUUGACUUUUGUACAUUGACCUUGUAUCAAGCAACCUAGAUCAGUUAACUUAUUAGUUCCAGUAGAUUUUUUUCUAGAUUCUUUAGCAUUUUCGAUGUAGAUAAUCAUCUGUGAAUAAAGAAUUUUACUUUUCCAAUUCA